GCUUUUUUGCUGCUCUGUUGAAUAUGGGAUUAUAAAAAAAGAAAUUAAAAUUGCACAAAGAGCAUCUCUUUCAAAUGGAUAACUUCUGAACCUGGAACUCUUCAUUACCAACUUCUUGCAUCCUGAAGGGGAAAAUGAAUUUCACAAAUUGCACCACUGAAGCCAGUGAGGCUGCAAAGCCAAAGACAGUAACUGAAAAGAUGCUCGUUACCCUGACCUUGGCCACCAUCACAACCUUGACUAUGCUGCUGAAUUCUGCUGUAAUUGCAGCAAUCUCCACAACCAAGAAGCUCCACCAGCCGGCAAAUUAUCUCAUAUGUUCACUGGCUGUGACAGAUCUCCUUGUUGCUGUUCUCGUCAUGCCCUUGAGCAUCACUUACAUAAUGAUAGAUAGAUGGACUCUGGGCUACUUCAUCUGUGAGAUCUGGCUCAGCGUCGACAUGACCUGUUGCACGUGUUCAAUCCUUCACCUGUGCGUCAUCGCGCUGGACAGGUACUGGGCCAUCACAGACGCCAUCGAGUACGCCAGGAAGAGAACGGCAAAAAGGGCUGGGCUGAUGAUAGCCACCGUGUGGACUAUCUCCGUUUUCAUAUCAAUGCCCCCCUUGUUCUGGAGAAACCACCACAGCAUCAGUAUUCCCAGUGAGUGUCGCAUCCAGCAUGACCAUGUCAUCUACACCAUUUAUUCCACAUUCGGGGCAUUUUACAUCCCCUUGACUUUGAUCCUGAUCCUGUACUACAGAAUUUACCACGCUGCAAAGAGCCUUUACCAGAAGCGGGGUUCGAGCCGCCACCUCAGCAACAGGAGCACUGACAGCCAGAACUCUUUUGCCAGCUGCAAGCUCACACAGACAUUCUGCGUCUCGGACUUCUCCACGUCUGACCCAACCACAGAGUUUGAUAAAAUCAACGCAUCCGUGAGGAUCCCUCCUUUUGAGAAUGACUUGGACCCUGCUGGCGACCGGCAGCAGAUCUCCACGACACGAGAACGAAAGGCUGCUCGCAUUUUGGGGCUGAUUUUAGGGGCUUUCAUUUUGUCCUGGUUGCCCUUUUUCAUCAAGGAACUGCUUGUGGGCCUCCACAUUUCCACUGUCUCUCCAGAAGUAGCAGACUUCUUGACCUGGCUUGGGUAUGUCAACUCGCUCAUCAACCCUUUGCUGUACACGAGCUUUAACGAGGAUUUCAAGCUGGCCUUUAGAAAGCUCAUCAGGUGUCGAGAACAUACUUAA